GCGCGCAAACGCGGACCAAAACAAACGAAGGAAAACAAAGCGAAAAGCGCUCAUCGUUUGUACACAAAAUACAGUUACGCUACAAAUCCUGGCGGCGCAGACACGUGAAAUACCGUUACCUUAUACCGAUUACCGGUUAGAUUAUGUCCCAGGACCCGCAGCAAAAUGCAGAGACUGUGCCAACUACGACGGUGGUACUGCACUCAGCAGGAAAUCUUCCCCCGGAGCACCGUUCGACGCUUGAAAGACGUGAAACCGGAAUAUGAAACGCGGGAAGCUGAUGAAAUCAAAGACGUGCCAUCGAAACCAGAAUCCAACGUGGAAGUGCCGGGACCAAAUUCAGCCCGAUUGAACGAAAUGAACAUCCAGUUGCUUUCCAAAGGAUUGUAUGAGCAAAUCUUCAACGUUGGAUCACACGGAAGCAAAUCAAAUCUGCUGUCGGUGGCUCAAAUCGAAGCCCUGAGAAAGGACCUUACUCGACAUGGGAUUCCUUUCGCAAAUCCGGAUAUUUUACCGGACGUUAGUUUUCGGCUGCCGAAGUUGAAGGGCGCCAGCAUCGAAGAACACUUCCUUCGGAUCGCUCAAGAGCAAAGUCAGCCCUAUAGGGACCUGCUGGAGAUGUUGACUCGACCAGAUGCCCCCGCUAUCCCGGAGAAGUGGUCUGAUAGUGCCGGUUGGACGUGUUACGAUCCCGAUCGGGGAGCCGUGUCCGUUCCGUACCCGGACGAACAGGCGCUGGUGUUCGACGUGGAAGUUUGCGUCAAGGCCGGCUCGGCACCGGUUAUGGCCACUGCUCUGAGUCCAACCCGGUGGUACUCGUGGACCAGUGCACAUCUGGUUGGCCAAGUGCCGUUUGGGGAGGGGCAUCGCUAUCAGCUGGCGGAGUUGAUUCCCAUGGAAUCCGGGGAGAAGGAUCGCCGGACUGAUGGACGGUUCCAGGUGCCGAAGGUUGUGGUGGGGCAUAACGUGUCCUACGAUCGGGCACGGAUUCGCGAGCAGUACUGGCUGGAGGGAACCGGAUUGCGGUUCGUGGACACGAUGUCCUUACAUGUGUGCGUCAGUGGUGUAACCAGCUAUCAAAGAGCCAUGCUCAAAUCAAGCAAAGAGAUGCCCCUGGAGGAUUUGGGCUGGAGCAGUCAGAGCUCGCUGAAUAAUUUGGCCGAUGUGUAUCAGUUGUAUUGUGGGGCCAAGUUAGACAAGGAGAAGCGAAAUAUCUUCCUAGAAGGGACCCUCGCCGAUGUGCGGGAGAACUUUCAGAGUUUGAUGAGGUACUGCGCGGGGGACGUGAUGGCCACGAAGGGCGUUUUAGAGAAGCUACUGCCACUAUUUCUGGAACGAUUCCCACACCCGGCAACUUUGGCCGGGAUGCUCGAAAUAGGCAAUGCGUAUCUGCCGGUCAAUAGCAACUGGACCCGGUACAUCCAGGAGUCGGAUUUGGCGUACGAGGAUUUGGACAUCGAGGCGAAGCAUCUGUUGGCUCAGAGGGCGGACGCUGCCUGCCGGUUGAUGCAUGAGGAGGAGUACAAGAAGGAUUUGUGGUUGUGGGAUCAGGACUGGAGUACGCAGGAGCUAAAGCUGAAGGCGGCCAAGAAGGUGUCCUCCAGGAAGAAGGCAGCUGAACUGGAUGCUCAGAAGGAGGAAAAGGUUGUUCCAGAGGAAAGUGGGGUGGAGGAUGAAGAUCCACUUGCCAAAAAGUUUGAGUACCUGUACCGAACGAAGGAACGAUUGCCAGUAAGACGACCGUUGCUUCCAGGAUAUCCGGCAUGGUAUCGAAAUCUCUGCUCGAAACCCACCGAGGACGAGUGGUCCCCAGGGCCGACCAACAUCGGAACCGGCAUGCAAAUAGCCCCGAAGCUGCUUCGCCUCUGUUGGGAAGGCUACCCGUUGCACUUCAUCCGUGGCCAAGGGUGGGGCUUCCUGGUCCCCCACAAAUUCACCCGAGAAUACGACGACAUCGAAGGUGGCAUGAUUCCGCUGGAACAGCUGGCCGCUGCUUGUCCGGUGCUAGACAUCAACCCGGAGGCGACGACCGGCGAAAGCCAAGAGGCGCUGGGCAGUUUGUGGCGCGAUGUGGAACAGAACAUCAGCCGAAAGGAUUACUACCGGAAGCUGAAGAAGGACAAAACCAACAACGCCUACAAAGGAACCGGGAUUUGGUGCAAUCUGGACCUGGAGGAGUGCUGCUACUUCCUCAAGUUGCCACACAAGGAUGGCCCCUCGCACAGAGUGGGCAACCCGCUGUCGAAGGAUUUCCUGAACAAGUUCUCGGAGAACGUUCUGGCCGGGGACGGGAAGACUGCCGAACGGGUUGUGGAAAUUGCCAAAAUGUUGUCUUAUUGGAGGAACAAUCGGGAUCGAAUUAAUGGGCAAUUGGUGGUUUGGCUAGGGAAAGACCAGCUGCCGAAACAUUUGCGCGAUGAGGACAUGGACUAUGGCGCGAUUAUCCCGCAGGUUGUGGUCUGUGGAACGCUAACCCGUCGAGCAAUGGAGCCGACCUGGAUGACUGCGAGUAACGCCCAAAGGGAACGCAUUGGCAGUGAACUGAGGGCAAUGGUUCAAGCUCCCAAAGGGUACAAAAUGGUCGGUGCCGAUGUGGACAGCCAGGAGCUGUGGAUCGCAUCGGUUCUGGGGGAUGGCCAUGCGGCGGGAAUCCAUGGAGCGACGCCCUUAGGUUGGAUGACACUGAGCGGAUCGAAGGCCGCCAAGACUGACAUGCACAGCGUCACUGCCCAGGCGGUCGGAAUAUCCCGAGAUCACGCCAAGGUCAUAAAUUACGCCCGAAUCUACGGGGCCGGACAGAAUUUUGCCGAACGAUUGCUGAAGCAGUUCAAUCCGACUUUUUCAGAGGCGGAAGCACGUUCCAAAGCCAUGAAGAUGUUUGCCCUCACUAAGGGGAAGAAAUUCUACUACCUCAAGCCGGAUUACCGGGAUGAAUUCCCACACAAAGGUUACUCCGGCUACGAAGCGCUGAAGAUGGCCAAAGUCUGCAACAAGGCGGUGGAUGAGAUGUUCGAGAAAGCCCGCUGGGAGGGCGGCACUGAGAGCGCCAUGUUCAACCGUCUGGAGGAGAUUGCCGGUUCGGAUGCUCCGGUCACGCCCUUCCUAGGUUGUCGUUUAAGUCGUGCGCUAGAACCGCAGGAGGGAACCGAGGAACGUUUCCUACCGACGCGCAUCAACUGGGUUGUCCAGAGUGGAGCUGUGGACUUCCUCCACCUGAUGUUGGUCUCGAUGCGUUGGCUGAUGGGCAAUCGGGUGCGGUUCUGCUUGAGUUUCCACGACGAGGUUCGGUACUUGGUUGAAGAUCGGUACGCCCACCGGGCAGCAUUGGCCAUGCACGUGACUAAUCUGCUGACACGAGCCUUUUGCGUUUCAAGACUGGGUCUCAACGACCUGCCACAAUCCGUAGCGUUCUUUUCCACGGUCGAAGUGGACACCGUCCUGCGGAAGGAAUCCCACAUGGACUGCAAAACUCCCUCGAACCCGCACGGACUGGCCGUGGGUUAUGGGAUUCCGAACGGCGAAUCGCUCAACAUCUAUCAGCUGUUGGAGAAGCUUGGUCCGACCGAAUCGGACAUGACGAGGUGGGAGUGGCACCGAGGGAAGUCCUCAUCGUCAACGGCGAGCAAGCUUCAACCAAAGAAAAAUGUUAAAAUCGUUAGGAAGAAAUCGAAAUAAAAACGUUAACUGUUAUUAAAAAGUA